AUGCUUCUUGCAAAAUACACUGAUGAUAUUGUGUCUUUAGUUGAAAAGUUAUCAUCUGUCUUUGAUCAUUCAAAUUCUACAAUGCACCAUUUAUUUGAAAAUGCAUCAGAAAUUAAUGAAAAGGGUAUUAAAAAUAUUCUUUCUUUUUAUGAGUUUAACAAAUCACGUUUUCAACAAAUUCUUAUGCAGAAUGUAUACAAAACUGAAUCUCAGAUAACUUAUACUUUGUCAUCAUUGCAACAGGUAUUACUUUCUGAUACUAGCCAUUCAAGAAAGAUACGUUGUAUUACUACAAAUGUAGAAAAAGCUAUACUUGACCAAUUAUUUGAAUUUGAAGAAAAACCACCUGAAACUGUAAUAUUAAAAGUAUUAUCAAAGCUUCAAGCUAUCUCUUCAGAUUGGACGGCUGAAAGAGUCAAACAAAUCCAGAAUUCUAAUACUAUGAUAUUUUACACAUCCUUUGAAAUCCCUUAUUAG